CAUGAGCACCUGCGGUGGAACUACACCGACAACAUGGCGGGAAUCGCAGCUUUCCUGAAGAAUGCCUGGAACAAGGAGCCUGUUAUCGUGGCCUCCUGCGGGAUCGGUCUGCUCGGUGCCCUCCUUCCAUUCAUCAGCCCCCUCACAAAAUACACAACCAUGCUGAAUAGAGCUAUUCCAUACAGCUACCCAGUUCCAGUCCGAGAUGAUGGAAACAUGCCAGAUGUUCCGGCCCAUCCAUGUGAACCAAAAGGAAAUAAUUUGGAGUGGCUUAAAAAGUUAUGAUUGUCCCUUGUUCAUAUCUGUCUGCAUAGUUGCUCCAAUUGUCAAUGUCCACCAAUAAAGAUUCUAUUUAAUUCUAUUGUU